AUGCAUAGCCCGGUACUCCUGCUGGCCGCCGUCAGCCUUGCCGGUAUCACAUCCGCGCAAUGCCCCUUUGCAGACCCUGCCUCUUUGGCCAGACGGGCCAACGACGACGACUCUGGAUCACACAGCCACGUGACCCAGUAUGAGAUUGACGACAAGGAUGAGUUUAUGACCUCGGAUGUGGGCGGGCCGAUCGAGGACCAGCAGAGUCUGAAGGCCGGUGGUACCAGGGGAUCUGUUCUCCUCGAGGAUUUCAUCUUCCGCCAGAAGAUGACUCGCUUCGACCACGAACGAGUCCCUGAGCGCGCCGUCCACGCUCGUGGCGCGGGAGCAUACGGAACGUUUACCAGCUACGGCGACUACAGCAACAUGACGGCUGCCAGCUUCCUGUCCGAGGAAGGCAAGCAGACCUCGACAUUUGUGCGCUUCUCAACCGUCGCCGGAUCGCGCGGCAGUGCCGACACGGUGCGUGACGUCCAUGGCUUUGCGACUAGAUUCUUUGACAUUGUUGGCAACAAUAUCCCCGUCUUUUUCAUCCAAGACGCAAUUCAGUUCCCCGACCUCAUCCACGCCGUCAAGCCUCGCCCCGACAAGGAGAUCCCCCAAGCGGCGACGGCUCACGACUCUGCCUGGGACUUCUUCAGCCAGCAGACGUCCACCUUGCACACGCUGUUCUGGGCCAUGGCUGGAUAUGGUAUUCCUCGCAGUUACCGUCACAUGGACGGCUUCGGAGUGCAUACUUUCCGCUUUGUCACGGAUGACGGUGACUCGAAGCUCAUCAAAUGGCACUUCAAGACGCGCCAGGGCAAGGCGAGCCUGGUAUGGGAGGAGGCCCAGAUCCUUGCUGGCCAAAACGCGGACUACCAUCGGCAGGAUCUCUGGGAGGCCAUCGAGUCCGGAAACGGGCCAGAGUGGGAGCUCUGCGCCCAGAUCAUUGACGAGGAAGACGCUCUCGCCUUUGGCUUUGACGUCCUGGAUGCGACCAAGAUUAUACCCGAGGAGUACGCACCACUUCACAAGCUCGGCGUUCUGAAAUUGGACGCCAACCCAGUCAACUACUUUGCCGAAACCGAGCAGAUCAUGUUCCAACCUGGUCAUAUUGUUCGCGGUAUCGACUUCACCGAAGACCCUCUUCUCCAGGGUCGCGUCUUCUCCUACCUCGAUACCCAGCUCAACCGUCAUGGUGGACCCAACUUUGAGCAGCUGCCCAUCAACCGCCCCAUCACCGGCAUCCACAACAAUAACCGUGAUGGCGCUGCGCAGAACUUCAUUCAUCGCAACAAGAGACCUUACACGCCCAACACGCUCAACAAUGGGUCGCCCAAGCAAGCCAACCAGACGACUGGUCGCGGCUUCUUCACAGCGCCUGGACGAACGGCCAAUGGAGGUCUCGUUCGUGAGAGGUCGGAGACGUUUGACGACCACUGGUCUCAACCACGUCUCUUCUACAACUCAUUGUCUCGUGUUGAACAGCAGUUCUUGAUCAACGCUAUUCGCUUCGAGACAUCCAACCUCGAGUCCGACGACGUCAAGAGAAAUGUUCUUCACCAGCUCAACAAGGUCAGCAACGUCGUUGCCAAUCGUGUUGCGUCCUUCCUGGGCCUGGACCGACUGGAACCGGACUCACAGUACUACCACGACAACACGACACGUGGCAUCUCCAUCACCGAGAACCGGCUGCCCACGAUUGCCACGCUCAAGGUCGGUCUGCUGAGCAGCUUGCAGUCUGCAGAGUCGCAGGCACAGGCAGAGGCUCUGAAGGAGUCCCUCGAGGCCGAGGGGCUCGUUGUCAGCAUCGUGGGCGAGACGUUGGAUGGUGCCGUGGAUACCACGUACUCGCACGCCUCGGCCACAGCGUUUGACGGCAUCAUCGUCACGACGGGCGCUGAAGACCUCUUCAGGCUGUUCGGAUCGUCGCCCCUCUACCCGUCUGGCCGGCCUCUGCAGGUGCUCCUCGACGCGUACAAAUGGGGCAAGCCCGUGGGCGAGCUUGGCUCAUCGAGCCGUAUCCUGUCCAACCUCGGCGUCAACAGCACCGACGGCGUCUACACGAGCUCGGAGGCAGGCGAAGGGUUUAUCAAGAACUUUGGUCAAGGGCUCGCCACUUUCAGGUUUACGAGCAGGUUCGCCACGGACAGUGCCUCUGAUUAUGAGUCGUAG